UAUAUUACCAGACGCACUGUUAACUAGCAAAAUGGCUGGGAGUAGCUAAUGCUACGUUGUCCGAUACGGCCUUUGUAACAUUCUGAUAACUGGUUAGAUAAUAGUUUAUUCGGAGAAUUAACAUUCGGUGCUAUGGCUGCAAAAGAAUCCGAAACAGGCAUGAGGAAUCUAGGCAGUUAUGUUAGCUAGUGUUUCAGGUGGCGUGAACAUGCUAACGCUAGGUAACUGAAUAGGUAAAAUGCUAAAUAAAUACCUUAACCUACAAGAGGUCAGCGCCUUUUCCUUCGACUAUGUAACAUUUACAGAGCAACUGAAAAUAACUUACUUGAAUAUAAUUUGACGUUUACUCACAGCUGGUAUUUGUAGUAACAGUCAACGUUUUUCGGGGAAAGGAAAGGCAAUUCCAUGAAGUCCGUUCUGCUUGCGGCAUCUGGUUUCUAUAGUAACGGCUGCACGAUACGAUAUAUGAAGCACCAAGAGUUCAGUACCUUGAAUAGUUCAUGUGACAUAACAUUCCUUUAAAAGGCCAGUCAUGGUGUUGAAAAUAUUUUUCCCAACGUGCUGCAACACUGCAGACAGCGGCUUGCUCAUCGGUCGCUGGAUUCCUGGCCAGGAUUCGGCUGUGGUGCUUGCGGUCAUUCAUUACCCUUUCAUACCUGGCCAGGUGAAGAAGUACUUGAGCGAAACGCAGAACCAAUCACAGGUGGACCUGGCUGUCCUUGGUUCGUGGAGUUUGCCCAAAGAUGGCCAAGAAGGGAUGGACAGCUUCUUGAAAGACCUUAGCACCAUCUUCCCCAAUUCACGCUGGCUGCAGCUGAGCCGUGAGAUUGGUAAGAGGGGCUUCGCCUGCCAGGUGGUGCACAACAGGAUAACACCACCUGACCCCGCACAGGGGGGUACCGACAAAAAAGACCAAAUCAUCUUUAUCCAUUAUGACCAGAGGAAAGUCAUGCUGUCCCAGCUGCACCCAAUCCAUGAGGAGAGUCCUGGGGAGGAGUCUUCUGAACUGCGUGCGGUUUUUCACACGGUCGCACAGAGCGGGCCCCUGUUUUUGCUCGACAGGUAUGACGAGGGGCCCCUCAAGCUCACACACUGGCAGUCCGAGGGCAGGGAGGCAAGUAUUGUCGUGGAGCUGUCCAAGCAAGCGUCUGUGCCACUCUGCAUAGUGCUCACCUGGCUGGUGUCUCUGUGGCAGUGUGGAAUCAGGAUACUGAAUAUAUGGCCAGUGCAGUUCAUUUCAAGCAAGAUGUCUACCUGUGUUCAGACAGCAUACAGGACGAAUCAUUUUCAAACUGUUUUCUCUACAAAGAAAGCCACGUCCCACAUGGAAUUCAUGAGGAAGGCAAACAUUUUUGUGUCCUUCCUCGUGGACAUGUCACUGGGACUGCUGCUCGUCUCCUGGCUCUACAGAGAGAAUCACAUCAGCCAGCUAGCUAAUACCUUAGUGCCGGUUGCUGAUCAUGUGGCUAAGGAGCUGCAGGAGCUUUUGGAAUGGCUCAUGGGUGCCCCUGCUGGUUUGAAAAUGAAUCGUGCUCUGGACCAGGUGCUGGGAAGAUUCUUCCUCUACCACAUCCAUCUGUGGAUCAGUUAUAUUCGUCUCAUGUCUCCAUUUAUUGAGAUGAUUCUGUGGUAUGUUGGCCUCUCCGCUUGCCUUGGUUUGACCUUUGCCCUUUCGGUGCUCUCAGACAUCGUGGCACUUCUGACCUUCCACAUCUACUGUUUUUAUGUGUAUGGUGCCAGGCUCUACUGCCUGAAGGUUUACGGCCUGUCUUCCCUCUGGCGCCUUUUCUGUGGCAAGAAAUGGAACGUUCUGAGGCAGCGAGUGGACUCCUGCUCCUACGAUCUGGACCAGCUGUUUAUUGGAACGCUGCUCUUCACCAUCCUGCUAUUUUUGCUCCCCACCACUGCCUUGUAUUACCUAGUCUUCACUCUGCUGCGGCUUGUGGUGGUGAUGUUCCAGGGUGUCAUUCAUCUCGCUAUUGACCUCAUCAACUCCUUUCCCCUGUUCGCCAUGGGUCUGCGGCUCUGUAGGUCCUACAGACUGGCAGAAGGAGUUAAAUUCCGAGUUUUGUGUGAAGAGCCUGGGACUCCCUUGCAUCUAAUGAUGGAGAUCAAUCCUCUGAAAUGCAGCUCUGUGCUACAGCGCUACCGGACGCCCACGUACAGCUGCUACCCCAGGGACUCAUGGGUCGACCUGUGUAAGAAGCUUUUCAUGGGGGAGCUUAUUUAUCCAUGGAAGCAUAAGACCACCAAGACAGACUGAAGGCUGAGACCCCCUACCCCCAGGCAGACUGCAUCCAGACACACACCCACUGCUUCCAAGAGAGCGGUGGAUAGACAGACAAGGUGCUUUCUGCAUUUUGUGUCUGGGAGGGAAAAGAAAGUGUUGUGCUGAAGAGUUGUGUAGCUAACAAACAUGAUAGGAAUACCUGAACUAGAGAGGACUCUAACACAAGCUGCAAUGAUUGAAAGUGAUUCUUUUUUUUAUCUUAAUGAGAAAUUUACAUAAAUAUUAAAAUUCCAGAUGUUGACCAAUUUUUUUUUUUUUGUAUUAUUAAGGAGAUCAAAGACUAAUGAUAGACUUUCUGCUGCAUAGUGUUUCUGCUAGUUUUAAAGGUCACGUGUCAACGUCUUAAUCAGUUCUGUUGACAUUUCUGUUGUUACUGUCUCUAAAUUGUUCACUCACUACUGGAUGUAGUCAUUAUUCUUAAUCAUUUGUCUGUCUAGUUGGUAGGUAAUUCUGUGCUAUGCAGUUUAGGCCUGAUAUUUUUGACUAUUGUCAGUCCUGAAAAACCUUAAUUGGGGGGGGGGGGGGGGGUGAAAUAACAUUGAAAUUAGGUAGCUGUUUAAUCAUGGGUGUAUUUUGCUGUGAUAAUGAAUGAAUGAAUGAAUAAAUAAAUAUAAUCUUUGAAAGGAA